AUGUUCCGAACGGCGUCAGUCGAAGGCUCCGGCCCCAGGACGCCGCCGGCCUACGCGCCCCAUCCACCCUUCGUCCCACCCCGGUUCUUCCCGCCGCGAAUCCGGCCCCCACCGCCCCAAUACUGCUUUGACGCUGCCCGUUUCGCCUGCGACGCGUCCAAACCGCGCUACCUGGACGUAGAAAGAGAGAGGCUAGUUACCCGAUGGCUGGCUGAGGCCAAUGAAGCCCUGGUGCGCCGAGAUAGGCCUCCAAGGUACAAGCCACGCAGCAGCGAAAGGCGCCUAGAAUACCUGGACAGAAGACCGUCAGAAUGGGCGGAUAACUUUCUUCUGGGCCGACGCAAUGGAUCCGUCGAACCCGAAGAGGAAAGUGAAUCUAUGACUUUGAAAGAAUUUGUGGAUAAGUUCUCUCUCCCCCGUGUGGUUAAGCUGGAAGGGGAGGAAAGGGCUGUGUUGUUGUAUCGUGUGUUGGAAGCUCAUAGGCGCGUGGAAGCUGUGCCACUGUCAGGGAAGAAAGGGAAGCUGGUGGGAAAGCCGCUGUAUAUUCCUGAUUCGUAUGAUGGUAAGUAUAAUUGUUUUGGAUUUAGAACUACAAAUUUAAACGCGUUGGAUCCACAACUAAGCGUUUUUUGGGGCUUUUUUGUCGUGCACCGCCGCUAUGACACCUCUUUUCCGUUUGAUUAUUUGACGUCGUAUAAACAAUUAUAUAGUUCUUAUUUUGUUGACCUCAAAAUCAAAAACUACUGUGAAUUAACACCCAAAUGUUACGUAGAAAAUUUAAGCAACUUCCGCAUCUUAUCACACAACAAUAGAACACAGUACAAUAGAAGUACUUCUGUACUUUAA